AUGGCCGCCCAGAUUAUAUCCUCUGAGAAAAAUGAGUGUACUAUAACGCGGCUUUGGUGGACGGCACCGGAGACGCCAGGGCCUGCGCAGGCUGCCGGUGGAACGGCCAAUAUAAGCGCUGCAGCAUCUGGAAGGCUGCACAAGGGCCCUGUCUUCAAUCAGGCCCGGCAACGGUAUCGUAUCCUUGGGAGACCCGAGGUUGAGGAGUUGGCAACCGAGCUUACCCAAAUCACGGCGAGAGCGAAGGGGGGCAAUAACCUGCCGACGAAGGCUAUGGGGGACUUGACCUUGAAAGAGGUCGAGUCGAUCUUCAAGAUCACCCAGGUUACCCCACGGAACCGAAAGGCGGGAGAUUUCUUCGACAUCCUACCAUUCGAUACUACUACGCUGGGUAACAAGGAAGCAUUUCCUGAAUUCAUGCGAUACCUUUCCCGAGCAAUGCGCUACCAGCGCAUCUGCCAAGAGUCAGGCUGCACUGCCUAG